AUGGACGACGGCGACAAAGAACGGCAACAUCUUCCCCACGUCGACUCUGACGCCGUUUCAACCUAUGCAUCCAACGAGAACAGGCACGAUGCCGCCAAGGAUAACAUGGACAUGUACCGCCUGGGGAAGAAACCCGAGUUCGAUCGCGAUUACCAGCUGCUCAGCAUUACUGCAUUCACGACCGUGGCUAUGGUGGGCUGGAUAUUCGUCCCGAACGGCACCACAUCCGCACUGGUAGAUGGCAAUACAGGAGGCACCAUCACCAUGUAUCUGCUGAAUUUUGCCGCUUUCACCGCCAUUACUCUGAGCUUGGCCGAGAUGGCAAGCAUGGCACCGACUGCCGGCGGCCAGUACCAUUGGGCGAGCGAGUUUGCACCCCCGUCUCUGCAAAAGAUCCUCAGCUACAUCAGUGGCUGGCUUUCGACUUUGGCUUGGUGCUGCGGCACAAUCUCCGGAAUCUUUCUGGUCGGAAACCUCAUUCAGGGCAUCAUUAUCGAGUUGCAUCCGGCCUACACGCCAGAACCCUGGAGAGCCUACUUGUACACUUUUGCCCUCAUCAGCCUCAUCUUUGUCGUAAACGUGUUCUUGAGUCGGAAACUGCCCAAACUCGAAGGCUUUGUGUUCGUACUCAUGAUAACUGGGUAUGCGUCGAGCAUUAUCGUUCUAUGGGUUCUGUCGUCCAAAGACAGGCUGACGACCAAGCAAGUCUUUACGACUUUCGAUCAGCAGGGAGGCUGGGGAAAUGUUGGUCUUGCGAUGCUGGCAGGCCAGAUCCUGCUGGUAUGGGGUCUGACAGGAAGCGACGCAGCCGCGCACAUGGCCGAAGAAACACGCUUUGCGUCAUCCGUUAUCCCUCGUGCAAUGGUCUGGAGCUACAUUGUGAACGGACUCAUGGUGUUCCUCAUGCUCAUCACUUACUGCUUCUGCCUUACCAAUCUGGACGAAGCCUUCAGCUCUCCAACGGGCUUCCCCUUCAUCGCCGUGUUCGAGCACGCAACCGGUUCGCGGGGCGGCGCGGUUGGUUUGACCUGCAUACAGAUCAUCUUGAUCAUGUUCAGCGCCAUAAACUACAUGGCAUCAUGCUCUCGGCAAGUGUGGGCUUUUGCCAGAGAUCAUGGCCUUCCCUUCCACAGAUGGAUCGCCAAGGUGGAUCGAGAUACGAACUGCCCUACCCGAGCUGUCAUCGUAGUGUACGUCUUUGGCGUUCUCAUCUGCCUCAUCUCUCUGGGCAGCUCCAUCGGCUUCAAUGCCAUAACUUCUGUGCAGCUCUUGGGCAUGUUUGGGACGUACAUGCUUUCGAUAGGCUGUCUGGUCUGGCGUCGACUGUUUGGGGCGCCUCUGCCGCGAGGCGCGUGGUCGCUAGGUCGAUUUGGCAUGGCUAUCAACGUUUCUGCGCUGGUCUAUGGUGCAUUCCUGAUUGUGUUCAUACCGUUUCCCGUCACUACGCCCGUCUCGGCGUCGACUUUGAACUGGUCGCCAGUAAUAUUCGGAGGCACGGUACUGAUGGCGCUGGUGUAUUACCUCAUUAGAGGUCGAAAAGUCUACGAUGGGCCAGCGGCAUACGUGCAUACUUCAUACUAG